AUGGCGGAGCUGCGCUACACGGGUCCGGCGGGCUCCAGGGUGUCGUCGCCCCCGGUGAAGCGUGGGGGAGGGGUCGACGAUGGGGAUGGGGCAGAUCCCCUGGUGACGGGGCGGGAGGAGGAGGACGACGGCCGGCGCGCCCACCAUUUCCCUUCCUCCCGAGGGGGAGGGUGGGGAAGGGGUAGGUACAGGGACUGGUGCUCCUACCUCUGUUCCUUCCUACGCGCGGAAGAUCCCAUGGCUUCCCCCUCCCGUUGUGCCGUCGUCUGCUGGGCAUUCUCCGUCAUCCUCUGCCUCUCCGUCGUCGCGAGCCUGUACCUCCCUUCGUUGUGGAGUCGCAUGGUACGAUCUCGCUCUGUUAGCCUCCCCCCGCUCCGCUCCCGCUGUUCACCAUAGUCAGUGGAAAGAGUAUGACGUCAGGCCUCAGUCUCACCUGAGGUGGUUGAGCACUUCGGCUCAGAUCUCGGGAAGUUGGGGAGAGUUGAGGCUGGUCUCCCUUUAGAUCUUGGAGUGAGACCUAAGAUCUGAAUCUCAACUGUCUUCUCUUCUUGGCUUGUCCCGGUUCCAUAGUGGAAAUUAUGAUUGGCAGUAGUUCCAGCUAGAGCAGUCGAUCGCGUAAUUCUGCACGUCUGUUCUUCUGCGGAUGAAUAAUUGUCGUUCGUGAGUCAAGUUGCCAUUCGCCUUGUUUCGCGUUCAGUGUACGUUGCAGUCAGGUUCCUUCCAUCUAGUCGACAAACGAAGCCCUACAAUCGUGGAGAGACUCCCCGAUCGUGAGGGAGUUUUCUCGGUUUUUGACCUACGAUUUACACUCAAAGAUCUGAGACGGCUAAUUCUACGGGAACUUUAGAUCAGCAAAGGUUUGAAGGCAUCGGCUUACUAUGUGGACACUAAAAUCAUCUCUUGUGCCAUGCAUCGAGGAUUUUGUUCAGCUUGCCAAGAUGGUCAUCUUUCUUGAAAAUUAACCUAUGGCGACAUACUUGUUAGAAGAUGCUGAAAUCUGGUUUAGUCAUGAAAAAUUUAUUGAGGUUGAUGAGUUCAUUAGCAUAUGAUUGCAUCCCUCUCACGGGACAAACACAUCUCAUUUAUGGGUUUCUUUUUUCUGUAGAAUGUUCCCUACUUAUGUACGAAGGUCGGAACGGCUAUCCAAUGCCCCAGUGUAAGUUUUUAUUUAAAGUAUUUUUAGUACCGAAUGUCACUCUUUAUGGAAGCAUCUUUAGAGACCUGUUUAUGGUUGUUCCUUCUCCCUGUAGGUAAAAGAACCUCCUUCUUUAUGGGAGAAUCCAUAUUCUGCUUCAACAUCUUGGAAGGCAUGUGCUGAACGACGUGAGGAUGAGCUUUCAGGCAUGCUCGUAUAUCUGAUCGAAAGAAUAAUAUUUCUGGGGAAUUUUCUCUUGCUGUUUGUAUUUUUGAAUUUCUGUGUGAAUCUUUGGGUAUUGGUAGACAAGAUAUACCUGUCUAAGUCUGCAUGAGGUUCUGAAAUCAUGUCCAGUGUGGCUACUGGAGAGGACAUUGUAUUCUAAAUACACCCCUGUGCUGUAUUUUAAUGCUAAAGAGUUUUCAGUGAAGAUCGUUGGAUUCUAUUGACUUCGUUUCAAACACAGAGUUUCCAUUAGACUAUUAAUAUUUGAAAUAGAUUUCUCAGAAGCUUGUUUUACCAGUAGCUGUUGGUAAACAAAGAGCUUAUGUCUGUCCAUGAAUCAAUCAGGUUUACCUGCUUCUACUUAUUUACGUAUAUCAAUCAGGUUUCUCUUUAGAGGGCUUUAAUUAUUUUAAAGGCCCCAACAUGUUGAGGUGGCUUCAACUAGAGAUAUGUAAUGGAUUUGAUGGGAAAAUGUAUGUAAGCAUGUGAAUAUUCUUUUAACUUGGUUCACCGUGGGUAUUUAAGACAUGAGCUAACAAUUAUGCUUGCUUCUCUUUGAAGACAGAUGCCCAGUUUCAUAAGAGAAAUGUCUAAAGUUUUAUAUUAUGAGGGUUUCUUCUAUAAGUCUUUUUUCUGUUGGAAUGACACGUGCAAAACACAAGAGAUGGUCUUUCGAAAAGAAUUACUAAAUUUUGCUUUUUAGGAUACGCUAAGCACCGUCAAAUUUUCUGCAGACUAGUUGAAGCUCACCAUCAAAUGUAAGCUAUCAUAAAAUUACGGAUAGAAAGAGCCAAGAAAAUUCAUGAAGUUUUGAGGCCUUGGAUAUUAAGAAUUGAGCCUUGCCCAAAUUUAAUUAAAUGUUUUACUGUACACAUUCUCCUUACAUGAUGAUUUUAUCACGCCUACACCUCUUCAGACACGCCAGCUAGCCUGCGACUAGUUUGUACUACAUUAUAAUAGCGUAGUUGUAUGUUCUUUGUCAUCUGGUUCAUCAUUUAAGGUCCAUUUCACUUACUUUGAGGUUCUUCCUCAGUUCAAGGUCAACAAAGUUCUUUUACCUAUCGAGGUGCUAUUUUUAUGUAUUACUCUUCGGACAGUAAAAAGUUCCCCAACUCCUCCUUAAGUUGACAUAUGAUAGCUUGGCUCCGUGAUAUGUAAACUCUUUAAUUCGUCUCUUUAAUCACUUUUCAAAUUGCCUAAUGUUUUUCAUAUGUACCCUUCUGCAUGUUUUGUGUAUAGAUAAUCUUGCUUGGUGUUGUGUGCAAACAUACCAGUGUUAUCAUUGCAAAGAAAGCCGAGCAUGCUUCUUAUCAUAUGCCAAGUGUUAUAUUGUGGUUUUGGCUGUCUGGAAAAAAUUGAGCCCAAUCCUUUUCUUCUUUGCUCUUUCAGAAUACAGAGAGGAGGCUUUUCCCUGGACGCAAAACAUUAUUCUAUUUGGAUAUUAGUCAGAUUCAUGCUUAGAGUAAAUAAAAGUACAUUCUCUAGACAUCUAAAGAAAUAUAGGGACACUGAAAACAUAAGAGGGAGGCUAUGAAAGAUGAUUACACUUGGGCUGUGACCACCUGCAUGAUAACCAUACGGUGGACUUGUGUUUAUGAUAUUUUUCUGUUUAAUAUUUUUAUGCAUUUUUAAAAAAAUAUUUAGAAGAGAAAAUGGUAUUUUACCAUUAGUCUAAAUAUAACUUUAGCCUUGCAUCACAUAAAUGAUUAGUAGUGCAAAUGACGUGAAAGCAAAAACAUAGCCCAUUAGGAUAGAGAGGUGAAGUUGACAGUUUUAUAUCACCUUUGAGAGGUUCGGAUUUAAUGGUCUCUUCACAUUCCUGGAAUCUGGGGAAAUGUGUCCAGUAUAUGUCCUAAUUGAAGUUAAAAUUCGUAAUUUAUCAUUGUAAGAAAUGUAUUCAAACAUAUAUAGCUUUUUUUCACUGUUAACUUGAUUUACACAUGGAUUAACGGACUGAAUCUGAGUACCAUAUUAAGUUGUUCGAAGUUAUCAGUUUACUCUGAUAGCUUUUCUCUUAUAUGCCCUUCUUUGUAUUCUUGUUACCUUUUUCUCCUUUUAAAAUUUUUACUUACGAAAAUAUCCUUUAUCUUUUUUGCAGGAGUGCCUGGUGAAAAUGAAACAACUGGCUACUUAUUCGUUCAUGCAGAGGGUGGUCUAAAUCAGCAACGAAUCACUGUAAGGGUGUUCCUUGAAAGAAUAUUGAGUUUCUAAAGUGAAAUUCGUUGCCUCGAUUUUUGUAUUCUACUGGAUUAUGUUCUGUAUCAAGGUGCUGCUUUAUUGGACUUCAUCUGCUUUAUCAUUUUAUGGUCAAAGUUGUUGCAUUGAUGCUUAUUCGACAGAAUUAAUUUUCUUCAUUGUAUUAAAAUUUAUGUAUACGUUGUAGAAUUUGGAUUUGGAGAUCGGUUCCAAAGAUAGCCUCCCCACAGAUGGAGGAAUCCAAUGCCAUCUUUACACUGAAUGUUAAACCGUUGGACGUCAAUUGUGAAAGAAACUAAAACACAAUUAACGCCUCGGAGAGACUGUUACUAAAAAAUGACAACUCUGAGAUUGAAGAUGAAUGUGAUGGAAAUUUCGAUCCAUCAUCAUGGUAACUUGAAAGAUUUUAAAAUUUAGGUGAAAACCAUUUGAAAGAUGAUGAUUAAAAGUUGCUAAUCUCAUGUGCCAUCUCGCUAAUAUAGAUAAAGAUGCUUUUUCUUUUGUGCACUUACUGUUUGCUUUGUUAGGAAAGAAAAAGAGAGUGAUACAUUUAAGCUCAUUGCAGUUGCAACUCAUCUUAAGGUGGAUUACCAGUAGUUGAUUCACCAGGUCUAGGGUUCAUGGUUCACACACUCAGACGAAUAAGGUCUUCACCUUUGAUAUAGUAUUUAAAAACUGAUGUUUUACCCUCAACAAUGUGACCAUGUAGCAUGUGAACUUGAAGCUUCUUGGACACGGGAUUAUAUAGCAGGAUCUGGAUCCAAUAUCAAGACUGGACUUGCAGAUGACAGAAAAGUCGUGUAUGCGUGCUAAAAUAGCGAAGAUUUGAGUGGCAGAUUUUACCAAUAAUGAAGACACAAAAAUUAAGUCAGAUCGCAGAAAGAUGAUUGUAGUGACUAUCGUUCUUUUUCUUGAAUGAUGACUUUGAUUGUAAUAAUAAUCCUGCUUUUAGGAAUCAGGGCAAGGAACAUGUUGCAGUGGAUUGCAUUUUCACUCCUAUGAUAAUGUGAACUCUGUUGAUGAUGAAGUUGGAAGUUGGACAGGGUGCAUGAAAUCAGCAUGUAGGAGUUCAUGUUACUAGGAUAGAUUUGAUGGACGUUUGAAUUAUUAAUUUUAUUUUCCAAUUACUCUCCUUUCAAGGCUUCACAAUUUGACAACAGUAACACCGUUCACUUCACUGUGGAGCUGUUUUCUGAGGAAAGACAACUAACCCUUGAGGUCAUUGUGGUCAUUAUCUAUUUUUACAAUCUCCAAAAAGUUCAUCUAGAGGUUGUGGAAAUGCCACUGCGGUCUUCUGUGUCAGAUUUGGACUCCUUAUUUUCUGGGGUUGAUUCAAAGCAGGCUGGGAUCUGUCAGCUGGUACCUUAACCCUAUUCAUCUUUAGCCGUAUUCAUCCUUAACUGAUACUUUCUAAGGUUGGUUCAAUCCAGAUUGAGUCCGUUCAUUACCUUAACCCUAUUCAUCGUCCUUGCACACCCCACGCUCUAGUCACCUGAUGACCUUUCCGAAAUGAAUGAGAAAACCGAAGGGCUUGUGUUAGGCCUGCGGGCUGCCUCCUUUUCAUUCGGACUCCUGGCUGCUGUCUUUAUUUGCUUCUCUGUUGUGCUGGUUAAACCAUGUCUGGGAGCUUGAUAUCCUCUGUGAUAGUGUGAACAGGUCAUAAUCUUCUGUUCUCUUUCAAAUGUACCUCUGUCAUAAUCUUCUGUGUAUAGACAACUAAAUAUCUUUACCAAUAUGCUCUCCAGAAUUCACAUAGAUUGCCAUUAGUGUUCAAGUUUUUUGAAUUUGUUUUUUUCUGUCAUUUUCGUUAUUUUUUCUUCCUUAUGUUAGUCGUGAGCCAUUGUUCUGUUAAUUUUGAUUUGAUUUUGUGUUAUUUUCUUGCAGAUAUGUAAUGGUGUAGCUGUAGCAAAAAUAUUGAAUGCAACACUUAUUCUACCAGAAUUGAAGCAGGACCAGAUCUGGAAAGAUAAAACGUGAGAUACUUUAAUUAUCUCUCUUUCAUUGUCUAACAGAGAAUUAGUAGCAUCUUAUAUCGUUUCCUUUUGUCAUGUACUUUUCUGCUUGCAUAUUUUUGCUGAAGUAAAAGGAACACACAAUCAGAAACUAGCAAUCAUUAUCUAAAUAUCAGUUUUUUUUUUUUCGUGAUAAUCUCAACUCUAUCCUUUUUUGAUAGUUUAUGUCUCACUUCUCUAUUCAUAUUGAUCUAUCUAACAUCAUUCCAAAGACCAUUUUUUGUGUGUGGUGUGAAGAUUGUUUGAUCUUAGGAAGUGAAGUAAAAUUGAUUUCUUGUAGUGUUUACAAAAAUACAUUUCAUGACUGAAAAGUACAUCCUAAAAUGUUUUCUUGCUGGUUAAUAUUGGUUCUGUGACGAAAAUUUCGUACAACAAUCCCUUGAUGUUGCCAUUAUUUUGUGAUGUUUAGUUUUUUUUCAACACGUAUUGUUAUUGUUCCAUUCCAUUGAAGAUGUUUCUCGGAUAAUUUCUCGUUUGCCUGUGUAAAAGUAAAUGAACUCUUCUUAGAAAUACAAUGAGUUUUUUCUUAUUGAUCUCAUAAAUGACCGCAAAAAGUGGUAAAAGUCAACACUUGAAAUUGCUUAAUUGCUCACUCUCCAUUCAAAUGGAGUAUUUACUUUUUAUCCAAGUAUAAAAUAAAAGGACAAUGACAAAAAACUACAUCAUGAGAGCUAUGAGAUAGUGUCUUUGAGGAACAAUGGGAAAGAACAUUUGAAAAAAAAAGGGCUUGCAUCUGUCUUCAUGUAUGCAAUGGUUUGCAAUGAUGGUGUCUUCUUCUACUCAUCCUAUGGCUGAUAGUGAGUUCUGCAAUAUGAGAGCUGGCAUCAGAUAGGUUGUGGCUCUAGCUGCUGCAUGUAGAAGCAGCGAUCGUCUAUUUUUUCUAUUAUUUCUCCGCUCUUCGCUUGAUAUUAUAUCACGAGAAAUGUACAUAUUGCACCCAAGAAGUGAUAUUAUUUCAACAAAUAAACUUCAUGGAUAGUGAUAGAAAACUUUGUAAACCUAUCAUUCGUUGAAAUAAAGUAUUUGGAAUCGAGGUCCAACUUUGGUUAUUUCAUUCCUCCACCUCUGUUGAUAUCCUGGAUUCAUGUGUCUGGUGAUGCUGUUACUGAGCUGAAGUCUAUAUUCUAUCAUGUGUCAAGUCUAAUGGAGCUUGAAUAUGAUUGUGUAUGUUAAAAUCACGCAAUAUGAAUGUGAUUGUUGCGGAAUCAUACAUGCAUUCCACAGAUACAAUGAAAGUGAAAUAGAUAUUUCUUUCAUUUAUUCCCCAUACGAACUUCAUUAUAGGAUGGUGGUUAAAAUAAAUGUCCAAAAAUAAAAAGUACUAAUGACUUCAGAAGAAUGUUAUACCAAUCGGAUAAUAUAAUCAUAUCUUAUCUACAAAAAAAUGUAGUGCACAAAGUACUUCUGGAAGUUAGAGGAACAUCCGCCCAUGGGCAAGUAUUUUGAAGGAGCUAUUUUGAUUGCAAUAUGGAGAAUAAUGAGGAUGAUGUAAAUUAUUUGGUUAAGUACGAUUAAAUAACGAUCUGGUAGAAAUCAUAGUCAUUGUUUCCUAUUCGUCUGCUAAAUGCUGGAGUCAUUAUUUUUCUGACGAUAUGGUUCUUUUGUUUUUUGUCACAGCUUUAUGUUUUGUCUCAUGUUAACUAGAAUUUGUGAGUGGAAUAAACUGAUCUUCGGAGACUAUAAUGCUAUCUUAAAAGCUAUUUAGUUUGGCCUCUGCUUGGGAGGCUGUUUUUUAUCCAAAAUUAAUGUGCUUAGGAGACAUUUGCAUUAAAUCAUCAUAUUUUUGUUCUUUUCUACAUUAUGACAUUGUGUUCUGUCUUUUUGUAUCUGUCUGUUCACCUGUGUUACUAUUUUUCAGAUGGAAUUUUCAUUUUUAUCUUUUAUAACCUUUUUUAUGCAGGAAAUUUGAAGAUAUAUUUGACGUAGAUCAUUUUAUCAAUUAUCUGAAGAAUGAUGUGCGCAUUGUACGUGAAAUUCCCUUUAACGUCCCUAUAAGGUUUAGUACACCCGUUACUCACUUUUUACGGCCAUGUAUUUAGAUUGCUUCACACAAGAUGAAUUCAAUACUGAUGUUGCACAAUCCUAGAGAGCAAGAUUUUUUUUUCUUAUGUUUUUCAUAAUCCUGCUGCUCAACGUUGGCAGCUCGUUUGACAGGAUCAUAAGAGUGCCUAUUGAUGCAUUUAUUUUAUAUACAUAUUGCUGUUAGAGAAUCUCUUUUCUUGCAAUUUUUUAGGUUGAGAGAAAUUUCUUCCCGAAGUAUAUAUAUCUCACUUACGAUAAAGUUAGUUGAGUGUACCCUUCUGACAUCCUCUAUGUUAUACUGCAUUCAUAUUUAACAUACUUCAUUGAUUUGGAGUGCAUCGACUUCCUCCAAGUUCCUUUUUGUCUUAUCCUUCAAUCCGAAGAGUCUAGAAGGUUGCAUGCGUUUGAACCGGAUUUGUGUAGUUUCCUUUCACCAAUCACGCAAUGCAGUAGGCAUAGUUUUCCUCAAUGGUGGGACCCUUCCAUACGACGGUUCAAUUUUUAUUUUGUAUGACUUCAAUGUCGCUACAGUACGAUGAUCAUUUUUUAUUUCAGUUUGGCCUUUGUUCAUAUUGGUUUAUGCUUCAGUUGUUGACUGCAAGUGUUUAUAUAAACCCCAGUGAAUACUUGUGUUGUAGUUUGUUCAUAUAAAAUCUUAAGGGCUUUAGAUUCUAUUGCAUGUUUCUGUAGAUCCAGUGGGGCCAUAUCAUCUGCAAACCAUAUAAACCAAGGCACUUCGUCCUUAUUACGUACAGUCAACGCACCAUUAGAUGAUCAACACUUAUUUGAAAUUAAGUAGAUAAACGAAAUGAGGAGAGGUGAUGUGUAAAUUCCCAUCCAGAAGAACUACUAUUUUAUCUCUUGAUUUAUAUAAAGAAAGGUAAAUCAGAGAAUUGGCCUGAAAUCAGAAAAUAUCCGAGAUAACAGCUUUUUUUCUGACAGAAUUUCUAUGACUAGAAGAAGAACCUCCAAGAGUUUCCUGUAUGUAAUUUAUUGUGAAGUUGAUCUUAAGUGAUAGUAUAUGUUGCAUGGAUUCUACCGAUCUCCUAAUAAAUAAUGAAUGCACACAUUUCUGAGUAGGCUAAAUUUAUGUCUCCCCGUUAAAUGAAUUUAACUAUUUAUGAGUUGAUGAUAAAUAUGCCUUUUAAUAUCUAUGUUUGAAGAUGUUUAAAAAUGAUUAUUUCAGCCUGUGAUUUUAGUUGACGUUCAUAUCUGGAUUGGCAGGGAAUAUGUAAGGAAUAUUCCAAAGCAUGCUUCUGCACAGUUUUACAUUGACAAUGUGCUACCACGGCUCAAGGAAAAGAGGAUGAUGUCUCUGAAGCCUUUUGUUGAUAGGCUGGGGUAACUCAUCAUUAUUAAUGUAUCUGUGAUUUUCACAAUACUUCCUUUUCUAGAUUCGUAUAGAAACAUAUAACUGUUCUUCAUUUCCUACCCUGAAGUUUUAUUAAACUGCAUGUAUUUUAUUUUUUAUUUAAUUUAAUUUUCUAUGGAAAUAGACAAACUGAUUCGCAGAUGAAUCUUGUUUCUACUAUUUUAAAUCUUCAGAUACGAGAAUGUGCCCCCAGAAAUAAACAAGCUCAGAUGCAGGGUCAACUAUCACGCUUUUAAGUUCCUGCCUGAUAUUGAAACGAUGUCUGAUAAGCUAGCCGCCCGGAUGAGGAACCGCACUGGGGGUUCCAACCCUUACAUGUAACCUACAGAAGUUGAAUUAAUUUCAAUUUUUAGUUCGUUUUCAUUUCGCAAGUCUGUUGUCAUAUUACUUUAAUAUUUUAUUUUUUCUUUCUUGACUCAGGGCGCUUCACUUGCGAUUUGAGAAAGGAAUGGUGGGUUUAUCUUUUUGUGACUUUGUUGGAACAAGGGAGGAGAAAGCUAUGUUAGCAGCUUAUCGGAAGGCGGAAUGGCCUAGACGUUACAUGGUAUUAAAUUUUGAAUCUAAAAUAGAGAAAAUGAUUAAUUUUUAACAGAACCCCGCGAAAGGUGCUAAACCGUGAUGAGUUAAUGAGAAAAAAAUGAUGAGUUUUUACCAUGUCUUUUAUUAACGGGCUAAUUUGUAGAGAUCGGUUCAUCUAUAUCUAGGAUGGUUCUCACCUCUGGCGUCAAGCUUUGCAAAAGCGAAAGGCUGGGCGUUGUCCACUUGAACCCAGUGAAAUUGCUGUGAUUCUGCGUUCAAUGGGGUAUCCAAAAGAGACACAAAUAUACGUUGCUUCUGGACAAGUCUAUGGUGGACAGAAUCGAAUGGCUCCUCUGAGAAAUAUGUUUCCAAAUUUGGUAAGUUGAUUCUUUGGCACAUAUUACUCUUGUAUAAAAUAGUUGACUUCUCACUGGUAGUGGUUUUGGUUAAUGAUCUACUUGGUUGCAAAAUUGUUUUUGUAAUUUAGAUACUCCCAGAAAAGUGGUUUUUUGGUAUCCAUUUGCUAAUUCACAAGAAUGGCUCUCUAGUUACCUAAGACAGUUUUCCUAGCUGUGGGGUUUACUAAUCUCUUUUAUUCUUCCUGCUACCGUUUCUGUUUCUUCAUUUCUUCAUUUCUAUAUGAACGUUUUUGAUUAUUCAUGAUGGGUUUUAAAAGAGAGUAGGUUCAUGUUCUAGGACACCAAACUCUUGUUAUUUUGAAUUAUUAUGGUUCAUGGUAUGCUUGUGUUCCUCAAUGUGUAUGUAUCAUUUAUGAUAGUCUUUUUUUCUAUGUUUGUGUUUCCUAUUUGUGAAGUACAUGUGAAGUAAUUAUAAUCAAAUAAUCAUAGGAGUAAUACAGAUUUGUUUAGUCAACCCAUAUUUCUUCUAGGUAUUUAAAUAUUAUCUUUGCAUUAUCUCGCUCAUUCAGUCUAUAGAAAAAUUUGCUCACCCACUUGCUUAAAGCGUGGAUGAGAAAAUGAGCUCAAGACCUUGUUGCCUCUGUACUUUUCUUUUCAACUGCUUUUCUAUUGCUUCACUAGCGGAGAAAAAAAUGAGACUUUACAAUGUAUGUGUCAAUGUACUACCCUUUACAAUAUCAUUCCAUGACAUCCUUUUCUGAACGAAAAAAUCCAGGUUCGAUGAACUUCAUUUAUUAUUUUACAUUAUCCAUUUUAUACAAAAAGAAAUAAUGACUCUUGCGUUGUUCCCCCUUUUUUAUAUAUUUUAUUUUUUGUAUAAAUCUUCGUAUUCAUAUUGUAUUCUUCACAUGAUUUCUAAUUCCUUUUAUGCUGCAAUCUUCAUCACUCCUCUCCUCCCCCCCCCCAUACUACUCUCUUAAAUCAAGUGUAUGAUUUUUGGGUCUUUUCCCCACAGAUUACGAAGGAGGAGCUAGCAACCAAAGAAGAACUGAAUCAUUUCAGGAAACAUGUCACAAGCUUGGCCGCCCUCGACUUCCUGGUGUGUCUGAAAUCUGACGUCUUUGUAAUGACCCACGGCGGCAACUUUGCAAAGCUCAUAAUUGGGGCCCGCCGGUACAUGGGACACAGGCUCAAGUCCAUAAAGCCGGACAAGGGCCUCAUGGCCAAGUCCUUUGGGGACCCCUACAUGGGCUGGGCAUCCUUUGUGGAGGAUGUUGUGAUCACCCACCAGACUCGCACCGGCCUCCCGGAGGAAACAUUUCCCAACUACGAUAUCUGGGAGAACCCUCUCACCCCAUGCAUGUGUAAAGUAUCACCCCAUAAGUAA